GUCACUGCGUUCGGCUGUGCCCUGAGCGCCGUGACGUCAUUGCCGAGAUGUCGACCGCCAUGAACUUCGGCGGCAAAACCUUCAGCCCGCGGCCGCCGGACCGGGGCUCGUUCCCGCUCGAUCACCUGGGUGAAUGUAAAGAAUUUAAGGAGAAAUUCAUGAAUUGCCUUAAGGAGAGUAAGUUUGACAGCUCUGUGUGCAGAGAACAAUCAAUGGAAUAUUUGAAGUGCAGAAUGGACAGGCAGCUGAUGGCCAAAGAGCCUCUGGAGAAACUGGGAUUCAAAGAUCUCCUGGAUGUUAAAUCAGCAGAAACACGUCAACCAGACAGGAGUGUGGAUGGUUAAAUCUAUAAAUUAAACUAAAGUUGGAGUCCUAUUCAUACCAAAUCUGUAUAUAUUGUAAGAUACGUUUUUGUGCAAUAAAUGUGUGAUUAAUGCUUAAAA